AUGGACCCAGGAGAAUGCACCUGCAUGUCUGGAGGAAUUUGCAUCUGUGGAGACAAUUGCAAAUGCACCACUUGCAACUGUAAAACGUGUCGAAAAAGCUGCUGUCCUUGCUGCCCCCCGGGCUGUGCCAAGUGUGCCCGGGGCUGCAUCUGCAAAGGGGGCUCAGACAAGUGCAGCUGCUGCCCCUGAGAUGCGUCCGUCGUGCUGGAGGCAAG